AUGGCAAGGAGAAAUGGGAACAACAACUUUCUAGACAUUAUGAGAUCCAUGCUGAAUUUCUUGGAUGCAAGGAUAGAAUCAUCUAGCAUUGACACAAACAAUAGUCCUGGCGGAGUUUUCAUGAGUAGAUUGAGAAGUAGGCUGAUCGACCUGAUCAAUGGUAGAGAAGAGGCAAGGAGUAAUGAGAGAGAAGAAGCUGAGGCAGGGCCUUCUCCAGGGGCUUCUAGCGGAGUAGGAAGGAGAAGGCGCGAAAGAAAGAACCAGACUAAUGGGCAGCAAGAGGCGCCUACUGUAGAGGAGCGGAAUAUUGUCAAUAGAUGUAGUAGGAUGAUAGGUGCAGAAGAGGAAAGGCCAAUGAGGGGAAGGCGCCGUGCUAGGAUUGUUUCAGAUGACGGAGCCAGAAGAAGGAGAUCGGAAGGCUCUAGGGAUCCAGUUACUUUAACAACAUCUAUCUUAGUAACAGAGAAUGGAAUGGGGACCCAACAAUCUUCAUUGCAAAACGAAGAACAGGUUGAACCUAGAGCUAGGGAACCGGAAUCUACCGGAAGGAGAGGAUUCAGAGUUGUUUUCCCACGAAUUCCUUCCCAGGAGCUUCGGUUCCUGUUUCUUACUCCACAGAAUGAGAGAUCUAGAGGAAACAUUAUAUACGAGAUCCAAAUUAACUUUGAUGUGUUUGAUGCUUCUGCAGAAGCACCAGUAACCGCUACAAAGGAGUCCCUAAAGAAGAGUAAUGUUGUAAAAGCUGUGGAAGCUGACGAGGCGUGCGAAUGCACCAUAUGCAUGUCGAAUUUUUCUACAAACCAAAAACUAAGGGUUUUACCAUGCGACCACCGAUUCCAUGUUGGGUGUGUUGAUAAAUGGCUCCUUGGACACUCGAAUAAGUGUCCUAUCUGUAGAGCAGCUAUUUGA